CUGCAAAAUAACUUCGACCUCGUACGAAUUGCCUUUGGACUUCUGGAAGCCCUGGAAUUUCGAGCCGUUGUACAAAAGGGACUUCGUUAUUCCCGGCUGCUUCGAAUUGGCCGGCGGAGGGGGCGCAAUAUCCACCCUGACCGGCAUUAUAUCAACAGUUGGCCCCUGAAAUACUCUCUAAAACGAAUUUCUGCGAUAUGUAAUUCAACGGCAAUAUGGCUGCCGCGCACUGCUACCAACCGCCAACACUUUCACCAACACCAACUUUCACCGAGAAUAACGCCCAAAUAAAAGGUUUAUACCAAAACUUAUUGAAAGAAUAACGAUUUUUAUGCUGUAAUUUACCAUAUUAUAUGAUUAUAGUUAGUAGUGUUGUUAAAUUAAGCAAAAUAUAUCGUUUAAAUUGCAGAAUUUAAACUUGGCAACACCGUAAGUGCAUAACAAAGAAUGCAAAUGACAUUUCAUUAAAAUUACGUAAAAACUUAAAAAUCCGUGAAAAUAAACGUUCCCUAAAUAAAGCAAGGUAAAAUAUUUAAAUUUAAACCGCAAUUGUAGUGUUUUUCAAAGAUUUUCAUUCAUUUUAUGGUAAAAAAGCCCCAAUUUAACAACGCAUGCGCAGAGUGAACACGCUGCUGUCAGAUGGUAUAAAUUUUCCAAAAUUCUAAAUACACUUCUGGAUUUAUUACAAUAAUGACCUUAAAAUAAUCAAAAACCAAUUAAAUUAAUGCUGAUUAUAAAUUUUUAUUGCACAGUUAAUAAAAAUAAAUAAGAUUUACGCAUAUUUCUUGUGUUAUAUUUAAAAACUUGGCAUCACGGCCUGAAUUGUCUGCAUUUUUUUUAGUUGAUGGGAGUCUGCCAGCGGGGACGGGCGGUUCAGUAGAUUUCUAUCGAUAAAUAAAAAAACUGACCGUUCCAGAUACGAUAUUUUAGCGUUAUUUUAACCGUAAAGCCUAGUGUUUUCGUAUUUAACAGUGGUUUGUGUUUAUAGUUGGGAUUUUUGGAGUUAAUUCUUUUGGUUUUUGGAGAAAGUAUGUGAUGGAUAGAUUCAAAUAGACUGCCACUCAAAAAGCACACAACAUGGGUCCAAAAAAAUCCCACAAAGUCCAAGCGAGGGCUUUGCAGAAGUCCACCAAAAUAUACAGCGUCAUUUUGACGGUCGCCAUCUUGGUUACCACCGUUGCCAUAGGUGAUGCGGAUGGAAAUUUCGCCAAUAGCAUUCACAAAAUAACGGAAAACCUGGACAAAGCUUUGAUCGACAUUUUCGGCGAUCAGGGGGUUACGUACACCGAUUUGAACCAUGGCAUACCGUACGUAAACUACACCAGGGUCGAGUUCGAUCCUGUUGGAAUGGCCGAAUUGUACAAUAUCACCAAUUUGGUUCUCGGUGUUUUGGUUAGAGAUAUCGACCCUGCUUUGAUCAUAAACAUUGACAAAACCGACCCGAACAAGAUGCCAACGUUGAGAUACGACACUGUCCCGGAACUGCUGAAGCAAUACGCCGGCCUUUUGGUGCUGCUGGUCGUGUUGUCGCUCCUGAUCAUUUUCUUCCCGCUGUGCGGCUUGUGUUUCUGCUGCUGCCGGUGCUGCUGCGGCAAGUGCGGCGGCCGAAAGAAAAUGGCCGACAAGAAGGGCGACCUCUGCCGGAAGAUACUCAACGGCACGCUGCUCAUCGUGCUGGGAACGUCGCUGCUGUUUUGCGUGGUGUGCGCGUUCGGCUCAAACCAGCAGUUCUACGACGGGUUGCACCAGUUUCCCGCCAACAUGAAGAAGAGCGUCAGGGAUACCAACAAAUUUUUCAACAACACCAAAACUCAGAUGAACAAUUUGCUCAGCGCCAACUUCAAGGAGUUCAAUGUCAGUUUGGUGAACAUUAUGGAAAAAAGCAGUUCAGCCGUGGUCAACGAAUUGAUGGAAUUCUCGAACGCGACGUCGAUGACAAAUCUGGCAACGUUCGUAAACAACAUACCGAGCAUACGCGACGACAUGGACACCCUGAAAAACUUGACGAACGUAUUGCGCGCCAAAGCCAGCACCCUCAACGACGCCAUGCGCAAAGUGAAGGCUCAACUGUUGAACGUUUUGAAUAAUUGCUCAUUACAAGAAUGCGCGGACUUCAAAAGACAAGUUGACUACUUACAGACCAACAUUGACUUUAAUAAGCUCCCCGAUAUAUCGGAAGAAAUAGCUGCUUUCAAGGAGUUUAAAAUCAAAGAGUUGCAAGGUGCUGCCAAAAGCGGCAUGAAAAAAUUGGACGACGUAAAAAAGACCAUACACAGCGAGUUCCAAAAGAACAUACACCAAGCGCAAAAACAUCUAGCCAAUGCCGGCCGCACCAUAGACGAAAACCUUAAAAUGAUCACGAACACCAUAGACGACAUGCGCGAUACACUUGACAACACCGCAGACCCCUACUUGGAGAAGGGCGAUUUUUACAUGAAAAAAUACGGAGUCUACGUGCACUCCGUUGGUACAGGUAUAGCCUGCAGUCUUUUGGCUAUAGCUAUAUUUAUAACCCUCGGUCUGAUUUGGGGUAUAUGCGGGAAAAGACCCGAUGGCUACAACGAUAAUUGCUGCAAUAAAGGUGCCGGCAGCAAAUUGCUGAUUUGUGGGGUCUCGCUGAUGUUCUUCACAGGCUUCGUCUUUGCCGUCGUUAUAGUAGUUUUGAGCUUGGUGGGUAUAGCGUCGCAGAAAGGCGUCUGCGAGCCGCUAAGGCGGCCAGGCGAUUCCAAAAUAUUAUCCUACAUCAAGGAUAAUUACGAUUUUAAACAGUUCGGUUUGGACGCGAACAUUCAGCAAAUUUACGAGCGUUGCACCAAGAACCAGAGCGUCUACAAGGUGUUCAACUUGGAGUCCAGGUUUAAGAUGAGGAACAUCAUCGAACAAUUAGACAUCAAUAAGACUUUGGACGGCCUGAACUUUGAUAAGUCGGUGCCGGAUGACUUUUUCAUCCUCGAUAGGAAAAGCCGGGAUGUUCUGCAGAAGUUGGCCGAGUCCACGGCCAACUUCAACUUCGACAAGUUCGAAGAGGAACUGGAAAACAACAAUUACACCACCGUGAGUUUGGACGACGUUAAAAAGCAACUGAAAGUCGUGUACAAUAAAGCACCGGAAAGCCUUAAAUCCGACCUAAACCUAAGCUUGUAUGAUCUGGAGAAUUACGAGGAAAAAAUUUUGAAGCCUAUGAUUAGGGUUGCCAAUAGAGCUAAGGAAAUAGCUAUAAACCUGGGGUCCUCCAUAAAUAUGGGCAAAAAUAGUUUUUCAGAUGCUAUUAGGGAUCUAAUUGAUGAAAUUCAAAGAGCUGAAAGAAUGAUCAAAAAUGAGGGAAAGAAACAUUUGGUUGAGACCGCCAUCAAGUUCAUAAACUCCGUAAAAAAACUGGUAAACGCUUACGUAUCUCGCGUGACCGGUAGCAUCGAAAAGGACGUGGGCCGUUGCGAAAACUUAUACAGGGUGUUCGAUUUCACUCUUGUCUCGACCUGCGACAGAAUUUUGAUGCCCCUCAACGGUUAUUGGUUCAAUUUGUUCUGCUGCUUACUUCUCUACAUACCCACGAUCAUUAUUUCCACCAAAUUGGCCGUUAUCUAUCAGAAGAGGAAGUCGAACGGCGUUUACGUCGAAGCCGAGUAUUUGUAUGAUGCCUACUCUGAUAGGGAUAACAUACCACUUAAUAGCAGAAAUAAGAGGAACAAAAAAAACAACAAGAAAAAGGCCAAGAGGUACGAGGACCGCCCCCAAAACAUUGGAGGGGAAAUAGUGACCAGGGAGUACGCCUCUGGUUCCCAACCUGACGCAAGGCACUGGGAGGAAUUUCCGGCCGGGGGCCCCCCUCAGUAUCAACGCGCCCCCACCGAGUACGAAAGACCCCCUCCGUACUACUACCCCGGUCAAAAUGGGGAAAAUUAAUUUCAGACUGAUUUUCCGAGAUUCUCUCAUCACACAGACUGACGUUACGGAUCCCUGAGGGAUCUCCGCUUCUGCAAACAAACAAAAUAAUUGAAUAAAUCCGUACCGUCGGCAUUUUUUUGAACAAAAAAAAACAAAAAAAUACGGAACCAAUUGCCAUUCUAGUUGAUUUCAUAUUUUCCAUGUGAUAUUUUAUAGUUAAUUAAUAAUGCAAUACGAGUUUUUCUUUUCGUUUUAUUUAGUUGGUAAGAGUGUGACUAUAGUACACAAGACAGGCUAAAGGGAAUAGACUGUAUGGAGUUAAUACAGUUUUGUUUUGUGUUGUAAAAUUUAAAAUAUUUUUAUUGUGCUCAAAAAGCCCAACAACAACAACAGUUAUUUUUGUAUAAUAGAAAAUAAUAUGUGUGUUUUUUAGUUGACUGUAUUUUUUUGAAAUGUAAUGUGUAAAUAGUACUAAUUUAAAGGGACUAUUGUAAAACCAUUUAAAAAAAUCAUUUUUUAAGUUUAAAUUUUAAAAAUGUGUUUUUUAAAUGCAAAAUGGCUCAAUAGAUCUGAUUUUACUGCCAAUUUAUUUUUAGUCUUCUUAAAAUUAUUGAAGCACAUGUUAUUUCCAUAAUUUGUCAAAAUUUGUGCUCAAUCUAUAUUAUAGCCAAACUUUACACCCCUUUUCCCUUCUUGUAUGUAUGUACCUAUCUAUUUAUUAUUAUAUAGCAUGUUAAAUAAAAUAAUUCCAAUGUUUAUAAUAAACUUAAAUUCAAAGUAAAUGUUUGUUUUUUUUAAGUCUGAAAUGCUGUUGUUCUAGUGAGGGACCCGGACCGAAAUGAAAUAUCGGUUCCGGUACGGUUUUGGUUCACCCUAUUUUCGUUUUAAUGGUUCCGGUUUCGGUUUCGUGGAGUUAUAACGGUUCGGUUCUUUUCGGUUUUAAGCGG